AUUCUUAUUCUUUUGAACACACACACUCACAAAAAAAAAAAAGGAUGAUGAAUGAUGAAGUAGUAAACAACAUACCCGUACUUCAAGCUACUAGAAUACUUCCACCCAACGUAUUACUCCGAGUUUUUCAAUAUUUACCUGUACCUUCCUUGGCUCAAGUAGCUCUUGUCUCGAGACGAUUUAAAGUUUUGGUUUACGAUGAUGAAAUUUGGGAUACUAAAUUACGCAUAAUGUUGGAAAACGACACGGGUGCAUUAGCCGCCAUGCUGGAAGGAGAAAAUGAAAGCAGUUCACUUAUUGACGCCGAGAAUACCAUUUACAUUAACAGUAAACCGCUCAAUACGUUAAUACCGGGCAUGUCCACCGAUCCUUACAGCGCAAGAGCAAGAGCUAAAUCCACUGGUGUCGCUAAAGAACAAUUUAAACAACUUUAUACACAACUACUACCUUAUUAUGUCGAUUUAAGAGACGACCACAAUAAAACAAGUAAAGUCCUCACUGACUUUGGAAACCAACCUCAGGAAUGUGGUAAAGUCAUCAACUUGUUGAUGGGUUUAGGUCAAUGUCAUGUCGUCGAUGACUGGAAGGAGCUGAACGAAGGUGUGAGUGCAUUAUCUCAAUAUUUCGAAAGUGCCUCACUUCACGAAUUCGAAGUGGCCUAUGAUGUUCAUAAUACAGCAGAUAUGAAGUCUUAUGCAAAUGCAUUAAUUGCAUUAAACGGUGGUUCAACAUGUAUGCAAACCUAUGUUCAGAAGCAUCCUAUAUUUUACGACAAUCCAUUUAAACCCGAAGACAAUUUCAUCACGUUACCAGAUGAUUUGACACCGUUCAAGAAACUCAUGUCACUUGUCACGGACGAACUUAAACAACAAUCCUCAUUAGCAUCUCAAGUAUUUCCCGAGAAAAUGGAUGCAUUCUAUCUCUUUGCUGACCGUGUUUUUGAGGAUGUAAUUGCAGAGUUUGUGGCCCAGUUACUAGGAAGAGCCAUGUCAUUCAGUACACUUUUAUACUUGCAAACCAUGUCAGUCGUCUUGGCAUCCACACGAAAAGUCAUUGCUGUCCUGACAAACCCUGAAGAAGUGCCUAAGCCCAUCGAGCAUGAUCGGGGUGUCAAUCUAUUGUUCAAACUGUUUUUGCCUUUUUUGGAUGACUAUUUGUACGAGGAAAGUCAUUAUGCACAAAACAUUACCAAAAAGUACAUUGACGACUGGAAUAAUCGUUCGGCAGCACAUACAGACGCUUCAGCACGUCUCACCAACCAAUCUCGGGAGACCUUCAAAAGAAACUACUUGGCUGCCUUCAAGAAAGUAUUGACUUUACCUGUAGAUCUGGUUUCCACGGCAGCUACCACCAUCGCUUCUCCCUUCCAACGAUCAAAUACCAUCAAUUCUAAACGAUCAUCCACUUUAUCCGUGGACUCCACCACACCCACCACACCUAAACCCACCACCCCAUCAUCAUCGUUGGCCGGACGUGAUUCCUCUGAUAGUAAAGAUGUGGCUGGUCAAUUAGAAACAGCUAAACAAGAAUUAGACAUGCUUCAAAACUAUUUAUCCUUGGAGAUCUCGUUACAAUUGAUUCAUAUCAACAAGGAAUCUGAACGUCGCGUACAACAAUUCAUUGAUAUUGGAUUCCCAGGAAGAAUGAAAUCAGACAUCCAAAAGACAUAUGAAACCAUCUUUAUCCAAUUAUUAAAGACAUUAGGCCAAACACAUAUACAACCGGGAUUCGACAGUGCGUCGGUAAGACUGGCAACGUACAAACCUUCACUCAAUACAAGCAACGAAGAUGUACCGCCCUUAACCGAAUUCUUCGAGUUAGUGCAUGUAGCAGACGUGAUCCAACAAAUGAUCCAGCUGUAUUACGACGAAGAGAUCACAAAACAUGUGGAUAAGCAUGAUUUCAUGAAUGACGUCAAUAAAGAAAAGAAAUCCUUUGAACGUCUUUUGGAUGAUUGUGUGGCAAGAGGGAUGGAUGGUGGUAUUCAAGUCUUACUGUCUCAGGUUGAAUACAUCUUGGCCACAGAACAAACACGUCAGGAUUAUAAUCCGCCAACCGAAUCUAUGCCUGAUUUGAAACCCACCAAGGCAUGUCGAGAUACCAUCGCCUGUCUCAAAACCAAUACGUCUAUGCUCAAUGGAGCAGCAGAAAAAGGAACCAUGGAUCUCUUCUUUAGUGAAAUUGGCCGACGUUUCUUUGAAAUUCUUUGUAAGCAUUUGAAACAACAAACGGUGAAUGAAAUGGGUGGGUUCCGGUAUAUCUGUGACAUGAACGCUUAUUAUGAUUUCAUCGUGUCCUUACGACAAAAGACCAUCACACCUUAUUUCUUGGCAUUGAAAUCUUUAGCCAAUCUGUAUAUUAUCGAAUCCGCUGCGGAUAUCAAGUCAUUGAUCCAUGAUCUCGAGCGUUACCAUGGUCUCAUGCGAAUUGAAGAUCUAUUUGAAUUUGCUGCUUGUCGUAGUGAUUGGCCCCUGAUAAAGAAAGUAGUUCAAAAGGACAUGACCGACUGCUGUCUCAUGUGAAAAAAAAA